CUUUUCCAGCGCUCAGUUUUUACUUUUUACGCGCGAUCCGCGGUUCUGACGCACGACGACGACAAACCGCGUCCAGAAGCUGUUUCAUGGGUUUCAUGGGUUUCAUGUGACGAACAGAACCAGAGGAUUUGUUCUCCGGAGGAAAGACAGAAACACGUCUGACACUUUGGUUCCAGCUCACUGACUUCUGUCGCCUUCAGCUUUGGUGGAAAGUUCUCAGAAAACCCGCUUCUCCAAACUCAGGCGGCGCGUUAUUUGGUGGUUUGUGCGUAAAAGUGGUGCCGUUAAAAACUCGUGUGAUUUCCGCAUUUUUUCCUGCCAGUUAAAGGGACAGAAGCUCAGCGAGCAGGCGGGGCGGCAACAGGUUGGAUCCAAGCGACGCUUUCAUCAUGGCCUACCAGGCUGGGAUUCCAGAGGAGCCCAGCGUGUUGCUCCACAGCAUCACCACCAACAUCCAGAAGAUCACGCUGCUGACCUCCGAGCUGCGGAGGGCGGUGUCGCUUCUGGGGACUGAGCAGGACACCAGCCAGCUCCGACAGACGCUUCAACAGAAACAGCAGCAAGGCAACCACCUGGCCAAGGAGACGGACCGGCUCAUCAAAGGGUUCGCUGCCCUCCCCGUCGGCCCAGAUCAGCGGCAGAGAAAGCUGCAGAAGGAGCGUCUGCUGAACGACUUCUCCGCCGCCCUGAACAGCUUCCAGAAGACGCAGCGGGAGGCGGCCAACAAGGAGAGGGAGUUCGUGGCCAGAGUCAGAGCGAGCUCCAGAGUGUCGGGAGGUCAGCCCGAAGACAGCUUUGAAAAUGCUCCUCCUUUCCAGAGGGAUUCCCAGGUGCAGGCUCAGGCCGAGGCCAUCACUGAAGAAGACCUGAGGCUGAUCCAGGAGAGGGAGUCGGCCAUCAGGCAGCUGGAGUCUGACAUCACGGACAUAAACGACAUCUUCAAGGACCUGGGCAUGAUGGUCCACGAGCAGGGAGACAUGAUAGACAGUAUAGAAGCCAACGUGGAGAGCGCAGACGUCAACGUCCAGAAUGCAACACAGCAGCUGGCCCGAGCUGCAGACUACCAGCGGCGCUCUCGGAAGAAGAUAUGCAUCCUGAUGAUAGUGCUGGCUGUAGCCGCUGUUGUAAUAGGACUUAUCAUCUGGGGUGCUGUCAAAAACUGAGGCCUUCCUCCUCCUCCUCCUCCUCCUCCUCCUCCUCCUGCUCUCCCGGACAAAGGAUGAAGCGUCGUCCUUCUCCUCCUCCUCCUCGGUCGUCUUCCUCUCCCAGCCUUCUCACGACGGAGGUUUGAUUCUGUUUGUAAGAUAUUCUGGACUGCACACUCCAUCACUGUGAAGCAGAACUACAGUAGCGCUUAUAAUCAGCUUUAAAUGAAUUCUGUGUGUUGGAUUUUUGUGGCCCACCUGUUGGUCAGGUGACGGAGUGAACACAGGUGGAGUCGCUGCUGCUGCUGCUGCUGAGUGGCUGCUGCACUCGUAACGUGCGGUCUGUCUGUUGAGCUGAAUGGUAAAUGAUAUGCAGGACUGACGAUGCUUCGGGGUGCAAAACAAAAAAAAAAGUUGCCUACAAGUCGUGGUUUUUAAUUUCAGAAUGUUUCAAGUAUAUUUAUGAUUUCAGAUAAUGUUCCUAUAAGGUUCACAGAGUGUUUUAACUGCAACAUUCAGGGGAUGUUUGGAAGUUGCAUUAAAACAAAGAUCUCAAACCAGCAUUCAAAAAUAGUUUCAAAGACGUUAUUGAUUUAGAUUUUUAUGUGAUGUGGUGUAAAAACAAAGGUAGAACGUUCUGCCUGCAGGUUUCUGAGAAUAUAGUCGAGGUAACGCGUAAAACAUUCCUACAGUUUAGCACACUAGUCGGCUUUCCACUGCAGGACCUCGGUCGUGGUGAAGAUGGAGCUGAGCGGGAAGGCAAAUCUCUUAAUUCACCCUUUGAGCUACGUUCCAGUUUGUGGCUGUGAGAUCUGGGUCGUGACCAAAACAGGAAGGGUCACGAAUACAAACGGCCAAAAUGAGUUUCCCCUGUAGGCGGUCUGGACUCUGCCUUAGAGAUAAGACGAGCAGCUCAGACGUCUGGUUCUUUGCAUCCAGAGUGUCUGUAAUUGGCCAUUUCAGUCUUUCUGUUUCCACUGCUGUACAGGAUCCAACAGUGACUUUAACUCAGCGUGCACCGAAGCAAUGACAAAUAAUAUUUACUGGACUCCAGUUGUAUGAGCAUGUGGGGAAUAGAUCAGGAGAAGGAAAUCACAUUGUCCUGUCUGAGUUUAACCAAUCAGCAUUUGUCUUCUCCAACAUAAACCAAUCAGCAUUUGUCUUCUCCAACUGGAACCAAUCAGCACUGACAUCCAUGCAGCCGCUGCCUUUUAUCAGGUUACAUAUGAAAAGUCUACAUGCCAUAAGCUCUGUGGUUAAAGGUGCCGUCUUCGAUUCUGGAGAAAGACAAUUUUAUGUUUAAUUGGUGCAUUAAGCGAGUUUCCUCCUGUCCUGUGCACGAGCAUGAACGUGCACGAGCAUGAACGCACACAGGUCAAACUGGGAUCGUCUUGUCCUGAUCAGUCUGAGCCUCUUUGUUUCCUCUUUUCAGUGCCAGAGCUGUGCACAAACACCAGACUAUUAUUUUAGUGCAUACUCAUAACUCACAGCUAUUUACUAAAUUUAACAAAAAACUGGAUUAGAACCGUUGACGUCACCUUUAAGCGCAGUGAUAUAAACUUACUCCAAAUAAUAAAGUCCAGCCUUUGUAAAAUGUCGCUAAACAAGACUGAGGGGAUUAAACUGCUGUGACAAUCCAGCCGCUUAUUAAUCUGUUAUCUCCCGUGUGUUAAAUUAUGAUUAAUUGUCAAUUUAGAAUAUUGAUUUCAAUGAAUUCCUGCUGUUGUAAUGAUAAAUCAAGCAGCACUGUACAUAUCCAUCCUGAGUCUUACGGUUUAAAUUACACUCCACGACCAAAAGCAAUCAUUCCACUAAACGAGGGGAAGACUUGGUUGUUACUUUAAAUCGAUGAUGUGCUUAUUUUUGGCUUGUCAAAGAAAUUCCUUUGUUGUGAAAUUGCAUUGCUCGUCAUACGCAAACAAGACAGCAUGUAGCAGAGGUGAAGGUCGGGUAAUACUUGGUUUUGUAGUUUGUUUAAACCAGCUGAACAGAUGUUUUUCUUGCUAGUUAGAUGUAGCUACAGGUUGAUAUUUGUAUGAUUAUUUCUGUGGAAGGACAGUCAGAUGGCGACUGACUACUUGUCGUAUCACAAAUAUGAAGAAUCCAAAGCUUAAACCAAAACCUACUAAUGCUGAGUACAGCUAGUUAACUACAAAGUAUUGUAAAUGAAUGCAAACACUAAUCCUGCUGUUGCCACGACGAUUUGACCCAGAUGUAAAAUUACGUGUAUGUUUUUAAUAUUGAGAUUUAACUGCUUGCCAUUUGUUGAAUAAAUUACUUGAAUGUCCUGA